AAGCUAAAGCGUAGUGUUUUAAGGUUACUUUACAUUAAUCUUUGUCAUUUCAGUGUCAAUAAGUUUACAUGAAUGCAUGCAUGUUUACACACAUUGGUAGAUGUAAUAUAUUUGUAAUAUUUAGGGAGACACUUGUUAUUUCUCAGUCGACGAUGAAACAUCGUUUAAAUUGCGCAUAGAUAAAAGUAAUUCCCAAACAUGAAGUCGGAAUUCUUUAUAGUCAUAUAUUUGUUAAUAAUUUUAACAAGUUCUGAAGCAGCUAAAAUUCUAGCUGUAUUACCAACUCCAUCAAUCAGCCAUCAAGUAGUGUUCCGUCCUUUUGUGCUUGAACUAGUGGCGCGUGGCCACGAAGUGACUGUUAUCACUCCAGACCCCGCAUAUCCUGCAGGAGGGGGGCCGACGAAUUUAAUUGAAAUUGAUAUAAAUGAAAUUUAUCAAGAUUUCGAAAUAGAAAAACAUCCUGCAGUUAAUGAAUAUGCAGCUAUAAGAAUAGCUAUCAAGAAAGGCAUACUCAAUGUAACCAAAGCAUUUAACAAACAAUUGAAUACAGAUAUUUUAAAGAAAUUUAUACUAGACAGAAAUAUUGAAUUCGAUUUAUUGAUAAUAGAAGCGUGGUUGCGACCAACUUUAGCAUUUUCUUAUAGAUUCAAUGUACCAGUAAUAAGGUUUGGCAGCGUGGGCUCCUUCCUUUCCGAAUACAAUGAUAUGCUUGGCUUCGGUCAUCCAUUGUUUCAUCCAACUAAUUUGUGUUCCCGUUGUCCUAACAUAGAAAAUCUUACAUUCCUGGAGAAGAUUUAUGAAAUAUAUAAUUAUGUUUAUAUAAAUACCUUGUAUUAUUCAAAAGAAGAGGAAGAAACUGAGACAUUAAGAGCAAUUUUCGGGCCCGAAAUGCCAGCACUGAGUGAGUUGAGCAAUAAUAUAGACUUAUAUAUUAGUAACAUUUACCGUACUUGGGAAUUGAAUCGUCCGAUGCCGUUAAGUGUCAUUCAGGUUGGUGGGAUACAUCUCAAAACUGAAUGCAUGCUCCCAGAGGAUCUGCAGAAUUAUUUAGAUUCCUCAAUGAAUGGAGUGGUGUAUAUAAGCUUCGGUACCAAUAUGAAGACAUCUUGGCUGGAUCCGGAGAAAUUAGGGAUGAUGGUCAACGUUUUGUCUCAAAUACCUAUGGAUGUAUUGUGGAAAUGGGAUGAAGACGAAUUACCUGGACGCACGGAGAACAUCAGGAUAUCCAAGUGGCUGCCGCAAGAAUGCCUUCUGAGACACCCAAAAAUUUAACUGUUCAUCACCCAGGGUGGGUUACAGUCGACGGAGGAGGCUAUGGCGGCAGGCGUACCACUUGUGGGCAUCCCAAUAAUUGCUGAUCAAUUUGCGAAUGUGCAGAAUUACGUUCGUCACCGCAUAGGAGUAAAGCUUACGUGGAACGACUUCACUGAAGAAGGCUUUAGAGACGCAAUACACUCUGUAUGGAAAGA